AUGGCGCCCCCCAUGGUGGAAGAUGAGAAUGCAUCUCCGUCCACAGCACGGAAGUGCAAGUUCAAGGAGGAGGAGCAGGAGGAGGACAGUGAGAAGGACCCUCCCCCAGCAGGGCCUGAGGACGAGGACGGAGAGACCUUCUCCUUUAAGUACAGCCCUGGGCAGCUGAGAGGAAACCAGUAUAAGAAGAUGAUGACCAAAGAAGAGCUGGAGGAGGAGCAGAGAGUUCAGAAAGAGCAGCUGGCUGCCAUCUUCAAGCUCAUGAAGGACAACAAGGAGACGUUUGGUGAGAUGUCCGACGGCGACGUGCAGGAGCAACUCCGGCUCUACGACAUGUAGCCCUCACUGCAGACCAGGUCGCCAGCACCAUGUGACACAGGGUGUCCUGGACACAGUGCCAGGCCGUUCCCUGACCCUUGGCCCACAUAUUUGCUACUUUCAGACUUUUGUAGCUUAACUUUGUCUUAGAACGUAGGUGCAGAAGUAUAUUAGAUGCAGAUUUGCUCAGUUCUUGCCAGUUGUAUAUCAUCUUAGAGGAAUCAGCCUUGUUUUCUUCCAAGGAAGAAACCCCUA